AAGCAAUAACUUGUGUAACAUUAUGUUUGCACGUAUCUUAAUUUGUACGUAUCAUACUAUGUACAUUCUUUUUGCGAAUUUAUUUCAUAUUUAAGCAAUGGCACGAUGAUUACAUUUUUGUUCGUUCACGUUGCGCGAUCUCACUUUCCUUCAAAUAUAUGUACUUUUAUUUCGUGAACUUGUAACAAUUUCAAAAUAGCUUGUUGGUUUAAACUUUCGCGCCCCCACUGUUACACCUUCACUUUCCUUAGAACCAAAAAGACUAGAGUGUGAGCCGAGUGGGAUAGAUGAAGAAGAAUUUGCACAUUGGCAACCCUGUUAUUUCGAAGAAUCUGGAGUAACGUCUCUACAAGAUUCCCAACGGUCAUUUGCUUACUGGUCAAAAUUCGUCUUUGAUAAACGUCUUGUUCCUUAACAAUGCCCACUUCCAUACAUACCAUCGAGAUUUCCAAUUUCAAGUCGUUCCCGGGAAGAACGAUAAUCCGUCCUAUUCCGCCGUUUACGGCAAUAAUUGGUCCAAAUGGAUCCGGAAAAUCAAACAUUAUAGACGCCAUAAGUUUUGCAUUAGGGGAGAAACCGAGCGCUUUGCGUGUUGGACGCCUCAGCGAACUCAUUCACAGAGGAAUUGGUACUCCAACUCCCGUUGGAGUACCAAUAAAAAACAUUACCUACGUCAAAGUAGUUUUCAAUGUAGACGGUGGAAUACGAAAAAGUUUCACGAGAAAGAUAUAUGGCAAAGACUGCCAGUACAUAAUAGACGACGAGGAUGUUACGAAAGUAUUUUAUAUGUCUAAACUACGAGAAAUGGGGCUGGAUAUAAAUGCAGAAAACUUUUUGAUACCUCAGGGUUACAUCGAAUGUUUCGUAGCAAAAGAUUUAACCGCGAUGUUCGAAAAGACCAGUAAUUCAAUUAUGUACAAGGCAGAGUAUGAUAGAUUAAAAUUAAAACUUUCGAAAGCGCAAGAGGAAGUAAAUUUUCAGCAACAAAUGAAAAAACUGAUAUUAACUCAAAAGAAAGACGCCAUUAUAGAAAAAGCACAGACCGACACAUAUUUAGAGUUGAAAAAGGAAUAUAAUAAGACAAAAUUAGAAUUUCAAUUAAUUCGAUUGCUCCUCAUUAAGAAGGAAAGUGACUCCUUACAAGAUGAGAAAAGAGAAAUCAAAUUGCAAAUAGAUAAGCAUCUAAGUAAUAAGGGAGCUGUGGUACUUUUAUUGCAAUGUACAAAGCCACAAUGUCAGUCAUUACGUAGUUCUCUGGAAGAUAUUACAAAAGAUAUUCUAGAAAAGGAGAAUAUUAUUCAACAGAGGAAAGUAGAAUAUGUUUCCAUUGAGGACACUAUUUCACUUUGGCAGAAACGCCGUGAUCACGCUCGUGUAUCUCUAGACAGUGCAAGUAAAGCGUAUGACGCUAAGAAAAGAACGAUUCAAGAAUUAAAAGAUGAGCUAAAACAAAUAAACAAUCGAUUAACGGAGUUAAAAAAACAGCCACAGAUAAGCAUGGCAGAACUCAGCAACUCUCAGGUUAAACGUUACGAGGAAUUGAGGAAUGAAGCUGGGUAUCGAGCGGCGAAAUUUGUAGAGCAAAUAAAUAGCUUAAUGUGCGCCCAAGAAAAGGAUCGAGAUAAACUUGAUAAUGAAAAUAGGCGUAAGCAAGAAUUGGAGAACAAAGUAAAGCUCAUAAGUUUAAGGAAGGAGAACCUCGAAACGCGGCUCACAAAACUGCACCAUUUAAACGCCGAAUCCAAAGCAACAUUAGUGGAAAAGACAGCAAAAAUGCAAGGACUAAAUCAGAAAAUUACUGAAAUAAGCAAUGAAUCAUCCAGUCUGACGAAUGAUAUUGCAAAGAUUACACAGGAGCUUUCUCAGGCUAAUACUGAUAAUAAUAUGAUUUUGCAACAGAUUGAGAAAAAUGAAACAAUUAAAAUGUUUAAACAGUUGUGCUCUGGCGUGUAUGGUCGCUUAUCUGAUUUAUGUAAACCUAUUCAUCCACGUUAUAAUGUUGCAAUAACCAAAGUUUUUGGUAAAAAUAUGGAUGCCAUCGUUGUUGAUACUAGACAUACAGGAUAUAAAUGCAUCCAAUUUUUAAAAGAGCGAAAAAUAAGCGUUGAAACAUUUUUACCGCUUGAUUCGAUAAAAAGUAUAUUUUUAAAGGAACAAUUACGGUAAGUAAUUAGAGAAACAAUAUAUUUUUGGAUAAUAUAAUAUAUAAUAUUAUUUUACAGUACUAUACAAAACCCGAAGCAUGUGAAAUUAUUAUAUGAUGUAUUGAAUAUUUCAUCACCACAAAUAAACAAAGCGGUUUUAUUUGUCACUAAGAAUACUUUAGUUUGCGAGACUGCUGAAGAUGCAAGGAUAGUAGCGCACGUCUCUGGUGAUAAACAAGGAGCAUAUGAUUGUGUUUCAUUGGAUGGGUCUUUUUUUCGUAAAGAUGGUACAAUAUCUGGUGGACAAGCUGAUUUAAUUGUAAAAGCAAAACAAUGGGAGAACCAACAAAUAUUAACUUUGGAGAAAAAAAAGGAACAAUUAAUGCAAAAACUCAGAGAAUUGCCCAAAAUUUCUCUUAUGCAAUCUGACCUUGAUAUAGUUAAUAUGG